CGCAAUUUAUUUUGUUUUAGGCGGACUAGGUAUAAAAUCAAACCAGUCCCGGGGGCAAAAACCCCAAUUCUAGUAAAUUAGGGUUUCCGGCAUCGGAGACUUGAGGUGAUUCCGAAGAAGAUGCAGCAAGUUGGUCAAGCUAAGGAGAGGCCUUUCUCUGUGAGUGCCGGAGAAGUGAAUUUUUCCCAUGCUGAGGACGUACGGUUGGAGACUACCCGUGCAAGAUUUUCAAGUAUCCUUAAAAGACACGGAGAACUAACAGAGCGACUUUCAAGGGACUCUGACAAGACAGUAUUUGAGCGUUUGCAAAGGGAAUUUGAAGCUGCCCGUGCUUCUCAAACUCAAGAAAUAUGCUUAGAUGGUGAGCAAUGGAAUGAUGGGUUACUAGCUACGAUAAGGGAGCGGGUGCACGUGGAGGCUGAAAGAAAAGCCAUGCAAUUGCCAGGGGAGACCACAGCAGUGACAAACCUUCCUUUUCAUGAAAAAAUAACUUACAGAGUUGGAAAUAAGAUGAUCUGUUGCUUGGAAGGAGCUAGGAUCGGCAUCCAAUAUGAGACAUCAUUUGCAGGAGAACCUUGCGAGUUGUUCCAUUGUAUUCUUGAAAGCAAAUCGUUUCUCGAGAAAAUGACUGUUAUCGAACAUACUAUUCCUUUUUUCCUGCCGAUACGGGAGGCGGAAAAUGAUUUUCUCUCUUCAAAUGCAAUGAAGUUCAUAGACUAUGUGGGAGUCUUGUUGCAGGCUUAUGUCGACAGACGAGAGCAGGUUCGCCUUAUAAAGGAGUUGUAUGGAAAUCAAAUAGGAGAACUCUAUUUUAGCCUUCCAUAUCAUAUGAUUGAAUUUGUGCUUGCCGACUUUAAUUGCAAGGUCACAGUGAGCCUCAGAUAUGCUGAUCUUCUCUCUACACUUCCAUCAGUGGUUAGUGUUCUUGCAUGGCCGAUUCAGCAACCUAAGAAAUCAUGGACUGGUGCAGGACAGCUAAACAGAAAGGAUUACGGAGCCUUAGGACGUCAAGCUAUUCCUGCUCGUUUGCUAUAUGCGGAGGAUGCAUUAAGAUCAAUGAGCUUGCCGGAAGCAUUUGCCGAGAUUGUUUUGAAAAUGCCUGAAUUUCUGAAGGAAACAGUACCUGAGCAGAAUUCUGCUUAGUGCUCAUGUUCUCCCUGCUGGAGACUCCAUACUGUAAACUAUGAUACUCGAGUAAUAUAAGGUUUGCUGUUCUUGAGCAUGAGACGAUCUCAAGAUGUUGUUUGGUGUCAACUUUCGAUCAAUUUGGAUGAGAAGAUUGCAUAUUAGCUUGGGUAUGGACCUUUUUUUUCUCCUCUCAUGUCUGUUGGGAAAUGGACUGACAAUGUACAUUCUGUAUAUACCUGAACAAUUGGUGCCUGCUAUUGUUGCCAAUGAUAUCUCAUAGACAAACUGACAUUUUUUGAACAAAAUAUAG